CCACCACUAUCUUGCUUCAAUGGCCGAAACACUACCACCAACGCUGCAGAACAUCUUGGACCAGACGUCGCUGAAAUGGAUCUUUUGUGGUGGUAAGGGUGGUGUGGGGAAAACCACUACUUCAUGCUCGUUGGCAAUUCAGCUUGCCCAAUGCAGGGAGUCUGUGUUACUCAUUUCCACCGAUCCAGCGCACAAUCUCUCUGAUGCCUUUGGUCAGAAGUUCUCGAAAGACGCGACAAAGGUCAAUGGCUUUGACAAUCUGUCUGCCAUGGAGAUAGAUCCUACGAGUGCAAUACAGGAGAUGGUCGAGCAAUCGGAUUCUAAUGGCAUGAUGGGCUCGAUGAUGCAGGAUCUGGCGUUUGCUAUACCAGGUGUUGACGAGGCAAUGAGUUUCGCUGAGAUUAUGAAACACGUCAAGUCAAUGGAGUACUCGGUGAUAGUGUUCGACACUGCACCAACAGGCCACACCUUGCGGUUCUUGUCAUUCCCGACUGUUUUAGAGAAGGCUUUGGGCAAGCUUAGUGCCCUCAGCGGACAAUUUGGGCCAAUGAUUCGUCAGAUGUCAAGUAUGAUGGGAGGUCAGCAAGAUUCUCAGGAAGACAUGUUUGCUAAGCUGGAAUCAAUGCGUGCCGUCAUCACUGAGGUCAACACUCAGUUCAAAGACCCUGAAAAAACAACCUUUGUCUGUGUUUGCAUCUCAGAAUUUUUGUCCUUGUACGAAACAGAGCGUCUCGUACAAGAGCUUACUGCAUAUGAAAUCGAUACCCACAACAUCGUCGUGAACCAACUACUCUUCCCCAAGAAAUCUUCAAAAUGUGAGCACUGUCAAGUCAGACAGAAAAUGCAACAGAAGUACCUUGCUGAAGCUCAUGAACUCUACGAUGAGUUCUUCCACAUCAUCCGACUACCUCUGCUGACGGAAGAAGUGCGUGGACCAGCGAAGCUGAAAGAGUUCAGCAAGAUGUUGGUCGAGCCAUAUGAACCACAGCCGGAAUGAUCAGGGAUGAUAUAGUGCUGAACCGAUAUUUCUGGAGUGCGGCCUGAUUACCUUACUUAUGCAGGCGACAAAGCUUGUAUAUACUUUAUAUUGCAAUAUGAAUUGGCAAUGGCAAUUGUGAGUUCGUCCAUUUU